AUGGCGCUCCCCUCGACCUUCGAAGAGCGGCUCCAACAAAUGGAAGUAACCCUAAGCCAACGCCUCUCCCUCCUCCAGAUCGAGAAGGAUCUCCAGGUCGCCAAAUCCCAACUCCUCGCCACCAAGCUCUCCAGCCUCCGCCGCAUGGAGCAGCGGCGCCUCCUCCUCGAGCGCCGCCGCGCCGAGCUAGGGUUCCGGAUCCUCGCCGCGAGGUCCGAGAUUGACGCCCUAGAAGCCCGCUACCACGCCGCCGCGCGAGAGAUCAGGGCUGUGAAGGGGGAGAUCGAGGAGGUAGAACUGAGGGGGAAGGAGAGGGAUCGGUGGUAUGAGAUGAAGAGGUUGGACAUGGAGGAGUUUAAGGAGAUGAGGACGAGGUUCGUUGCCGAGUCCCGCGAGGAGGUGGAGAGGUUGAGGAACUUGGUAGCUGAACUCAAAUCAACACUUAAAGAUCUUCAGAGCAAGGAUGGAUGCUCAGCGAAUGCUGAAAUUGAAGCAGCAGAGGCUAAAAAGUCUCACCCUUUAGCUGAGAAGGAGAAGCUGGAUCAGAAAUUGGCUUCUGCUUACAGAUUCAGGACACUGCUACAGAAGCAGAUUCAGCAAAUGUUUUGCUCGCAGAACAAAGAGGGGGAGAUAAAUGCCAGAAUGGCAAUAGAUGGAGCUGAGGGAGAUUGUUAA